CCCUCCCCUCCCACACCCCCUCGACCCGGACCCCGUUUCGACUCUCUACCGGGCGGCUACCGGAGGAUGUUUGAGCCAGGAUGCUGCGCUUCCCCGUGAAGAAGAUCCGGAAGCAGUUCAAGCUCCUGCUGCUGCUGGUGCUGCUCACCUCCGCCGUGUGGUUCACCUACCUGCACAUCAACCAGGGCAAGAGCAUCAAACUCCACUUCAACUACGGCAAAGAUGGAGAGCGACAGACGGAGGGGACGGACGCCAGCCGCAAGAGGGACGCUCGCUCCUCGGCCGGUCACCACAAGAGCGAGGACACCAGCGACAGCAGGGAGGACGAGCCUGCAGAUGACGAGUCCCUCGCAGGCGGCGCCGACGGCAGAGAUCAAUCCAGAAUCCGGAAGUUCCUCAGCCAACACCACAAGAAAUUGCCAUGGAAACCGGAGUAUAAAGGCCAGGCCAACCUGCAUGUGUUUGAGGACUGGUGUGGCUCCUCUGUAGCCCAACUCAGAAAGAACCUGCACUUCCCUCACUACCCUCACACCAGAACCACACUGAAGAAACUGGCAGUUGCUCCCAAGUGGAAGAACUAUGGCUUGAGAAUAUUUGGUUUCCUUCACCCUUACAGAGACGGUGAUUUCCAGUUCUCUGUGUCGUCGGACGAUAACUCCGAGUUCUGGCUGAGUCCCGAUGAGAGUCCUCUCAACGCCAGACUGCUGGUCUACGUGGGACAGCUGGGAACCGAGUGGACCGCUCCGGGCGAGUUCAGCAAGUUCAGGUCCCAGUCCUCCAAGUCCGUGCACCUGAUCUCGUCCAGACGAUACUACUUUGAGAUCCUCCACAAGCAGGAUGACAAGGGCUCUGAUCACGUGGAGGUUGGGUGGCGUCCGUUCCUGCCGGGUCUGAAAUAUGAAGUGAUCGACUCAGUCUACAUCUCCCUGUACACAGACGAGUCCGAUCUGAAGAUGAACAGCGUGGACCACAUCCCCCAGACCGUGGCCAGUCACAGCCGUCUCACCGCAGAGGCCCCGCCCCGGAGCCUGCGCGGCGCCGCGCUGCAUGGAGCGGACAUGCUGAAGCCGGACCCCAGGGACACCUUCUACAGCACUCCCAUGAUCGACCGCUCCCGACUGGAAAAUGUUCUACCGGCAUGUCUCUACUCUCCAACAUAUGUUGUCAAAGAUUUUCCCAUCGCCAGGUACCAGGGUCUGCAAUUUGUGUAUCUGUCCUUCGUCUACCCCAAUGACUUCACACGUCUCACCCACAUGGAGCGAGAGAACAAGUGUUUCUACAGAGAGUCCCCCAUCUAUUUGGAGAAGUUUGGUUUCUACAAAUACAUGAAGAUGGAUGAGGAGGAAGAUGACAGACCGUUCUUCUUCCCUAAUCCAGAUGAUUUCUUAGACGAAGAGGAGAUGGUAGAUGUAGAGGACGAGGAAGAGAUUGUUGGCACACAGCCGGCCAAGAAGCCCUCUCAUCCCAGCCAGACCAGCCGCGCCUCCUACCCCUCCCAUCAGCACUCGAAGCCUGCGCCAACCCCGGCUGGCAGAGAGGGGCGAGAAGAGGAGGCGGACCCUGACGGAGAGGAGGAGGAGGAGGGAGCUGUUGACAGCAUCAUACGCGGAAGAGAAAAGAGACAUUUUCCUCACAGAGACGUCCAGACGGAAAGGGAUCCGGAUAGAGACUGGGGAAGAGAUCACGCCAACGCGGGACAGGACGCCGGGAAGGGACCAGAAGAGAACCACGCCGGGGCGCUCCAACCUGAGCAGCACAGCGUCGCCCGAGGACGCUCCCUGACGUGGAUCCGCACCGCCCCUGCGGAGUUGAGCCCUGGCAGGAACGGAGGAGGAACAGGAGAAGAGAAAGGACCCGAGACACUGGCCAAGCUGAGCAAGUCCUCACUCCUCUUCCCCCAGAAGUCCUCCCUCUCUGCCCUCGCCGGCCGAGCCAAGCAGAUCCUCAGCAACUCCGCCCACGGCAACGGCCACCAUGGCAACAAGAGGCUCGCUGGAAACAAGGAGAAGAGGGAGGAGAACAAGAUCUACAUCACCAGGCCUCGACCUGCCAAGGAGAGGGAGAAGGACCGGGAGAGGGAGCAGCGUCGAGAGAGGAGGGAGGAGAGGGCUUCCCGCCACCCUAGAGAGGUCUUCCCGGGGGUCUUUCUGUACCAAACCGGGAAAACCACGAGGCUGGUUAACCUGGGCUCCAAACGAGGGGGCAUAACAAGAAGCAGAAGUCUUGUUAGCGCCCCUCGGCAUUGGCCCAACCCUCCCUCAAAAGAGGGCAAGGCAUUAACCCACAAUGCAAGCAUCCACACGCAGGACGAAAGUCCACAGAAGUCAGGCAGCAGGGCGGCGGGAGCAGCGCUGCCGGAGAAAAGCCAGAGGAAAGGGGAGUACCGGGGCUCAAAGACCACGGCCACGGCUGAUGUGCCUCGCAAAGGUGAAACCCCUCUGUCCCAUCAUCAAGAGCCCCCUCCAGGUACCCAGCAACGGUUAAACGCCACAGAAAACUCACUGCCGGGUCAAACACGGGUCACCUCUUACCUCAGGACGUCCGAAAUCACCGAGUCCCACCAGCACCCCGACCCGCCAGACGUCGGCCAGGACGCAAGCCGCUCUAAUCCCGACCCCGAGCCCGAGCCCGACCCCGAGCCAGAAGCCGAGGAGGGCGAGAUGUCGGAAUACAGCUACGAGGAGGUGGAGGCUCGGCCGGGCUGGGCCGAGGAGAGCAUCAACUGGCAGAGGACCUUCUCGGUCAAUCCGAUGGACUUUGAGCUGCUGCGCUCCGACUGGAACGACCUGCGCUGCAAUGUGUCGGGCAACCUCCAGCUGGCGGAGAGCGAGGUGGUGGACGUGCUGGCGCAGUACAUGGAGAAACUCAACGAACGCAACGGAGGGAUCUACACCCUGCUGCGCAUCGUCAACGUGGAGAAGCGGCGCGACUCGGCGAGAGGGAACCGCUACCUGGUGGAGCUGGAGCUGAUGGAGCGAGGCCGCAGCGUGGUGCGUCUGUCGGAGUACAUCUACCUGCUGCUGCAUCGCGGCAGGCAGGGCGAGGAGAGCCUGGAGAACACGGCCUCGGCGCCGGCCUCGGCCCCGUCGGCCGCCACGUCCGGCCCCGACACCCCGCCGCCCCCGCCCUCCACCAGGUCCCUGGUGCGGCCCGGGGCGACCCCCUGGAGCACCGCGUACGCCAAGCCUCUGCUCUGCCAGCCGGUCAUGCUGCAGUGGAGGAAAGACGUCAUGGUGCACUUUGUGGUGCCAGUGAAAAACCAGGCUCGCUGGGUACAGCAGUUCAUCUCCGACAUGGAGAACCUUCACCGGCAGACCAAGGAUGACAAUUUCAACAUCAUAAUUGUCGACUUUGAGAGUGAAGACAUGGACGUGGAGCAGGCACUAAGGGAGAGCAGUGUACCCAGAUACGAGUAUCUGAGGAGAGAAGGGAACUUUGAGCGCUCGGCGGGUCUGCAGAUCGGAGUGGACACUAUCGAGGAUAGUCACAGCAUUGUGUUCCUAUGUGAUCUGCACAUCCACUUCCCUCUCAACAUCCUGGAGAGCAUCAGGAAGCACUGCGUGGAGGGGCGCCUUGCUUUUGCUCCGAUCGUCAUGAGACUUGGCUGCGGCAGCUCACCACAGGAGCCUGAUGGUUACUGGGAGGUGAACGGCUUUGGCCUGUUUGGAAUCUAUAAGUCUGACUUUGAGAAGAUUGGAGGGAUGAACACGGAGGAAUUCAAAGACCGCUGGGGUGGAGAGGACUGGGAGCUGCUGGACAGGGUACUGCAGAAUGGUUUGGAGGUAGAGAGACUGCGUUUGAGGAACUUCUUCCACUACUACCACUCCAAACGGGGCAUGUGGAAUGCCCAGAAUAAGAAAACUCUGAAGGGAUAGCGCCCCCCUGCUGGUGUGAGGAUUCUGGAUCUACCUGCAGAUCCCCGCCGUCCACGUGUGAGCGAGGGACCUGUGGGAGCUCGCUCACUGCCUGAACUCUGCCUUUAUUUGAAACGGGCUCCUUUCAGGGACGCCUCUGCUCCUCCGUCAGCUCCCUGAACUUUACAAGCGAGCCGUUUACGCAGAUGCACCCCGAGUCAUCACUUGGCCUCACUGACUGAACUACUGUACAGAGAGAAGAGAAGUAUUCUUGUUCUCCUUCUCUCUGUCCUUUUUUUGGUGCAAUGUUUUCAGACAGACUGGAAAGUAGCUGUGUGUGCGUGUGUGUGUGUGUGCGUGCGCGUGCGUGCGCGUGUGUGUGUGUGUGCUUAAGAUGACAGAAAGCACCUUUUU